AUGCUUGUACCUAUUUUUACUCCUGUAUUGGGAAUCAUAACUGGUGUACUAGUAAUUGUGUGGUUAGAAAGAGAAAUAUCUGCCGGGAUACAACAACGUAUUGGACCUGAAUACGCCGGCCCGUUAGGAAUUCUUCAAGCUUUAGCCGACGGGACAAAACUACUUUUCAAAGAAGAUCUUCGUCCAUCUAGAGGAAAUACUCCUUUAUUUAGUAUUGGACCAUCUAUAGCAGUUAUCUCUAUUUUACUAAGUUAUUCAGUAAUUCCUGUUAGCAAUCACCUUGUUUUAGCGGAUCUCAAUAUCGGUAUUUUUUUAUGGAUUGCCAUCUCAAGUGUUGCUCCGAUCGGACUUCUUAUGUCAGGAUAUGGAUCAAAUAAUAAAUAUUCUUUUUUAGGUGGUCUGCGAGCUGCUGCUCAAGCGAUUAGUUAUGAAAUACCAUUAACUCUAUGUGUUUUAUCAAUAUCUCUACGUGCGAUCGUUGAGACAUAA